GUAAACUUUGUUUAUAAUAAUUAUUAUCGGCUAUCGCUUUCAAGCUACAGCAGCUUAUAGAGUAUAGUAUUUGCUUUUAGGAUUUUUAAUAUUAAUUGUAAGUUAUACUUUUUUAGCACUUCAGAUUUCUGAUCUGGUAGUUAAAUUUUAAACAAACUCGAUUUUCAACUUCAACGAUGGUUCGUAGUGGUGCACGUAUGAACAUGAACCGUUUUCCACCUCCGUUGAGUGCACCACCGUUGAUUGUUCCGUUCAUGAACCGUAGAGUGUAUAGACAUCCUUUUGAUAUAGUGUUAUGCGAAACGUCAUUUCCCCGUGUCAAGCCUGGUGUUUAUACCACAGAAGAAUCGGCAUUCAACACCGCGUUGUUGAAAAGGGUACAGGUGCUGACACCUAGCCCUGAAGACCAUUCUGCGUUAUUGGGCGUCGUUACAAAAAUACAAUCAAUUUUAGAUAAUAUUAUAAUUUCUCCGGGUAAAACAGAAGUAUCCAUCGAAGAAGUAAGAGUAGUUGGAUCGUUCAAAAAAGCGACUAUAAUGAAGGGCCAUACUGUUGCUGAUAUUGUUGUUAUUUUCAAAACAUUACCAACCAAAGAAAGUGUUGUUAUACUGUCACAGCGUAUAAUCCAAGAUUUCAAGGAAAACAACACCACAGGAAUAGAUAUUGUACAAGAUGUUUCGAUGGCGCCCGACAGUACAGGAUUUGAUAUUAUUACGUCUCAAGGCACUGUACGCAUUCUUAUUUCAACUGUAACUGCUAAUUUGAAAAAACUAACUGCCGGAUUACAUUUAGACGCAAAUGCAAUGAAAUUACAUAUGGGUGCGAUUCGCCAUAGUCGAUGGUUCGAUGAUAACGCGUCUCAUUCAUCAAACAAAAUGCUCGUCAGACUUCUCAAAGAUUUACGUAACAGAUUUAGUGGAUUACAAUGUCUUAAUCCGUGGAUGAUCGACUUGCUGGCUCAUCGUUCACUGUUGAAUAACAAACAAACGUUGCCCAUUCAAAUAGCGUACAGAAGAGUUAUUCAACUGUUGGCUGGCGGAUUGUUUCUCCCCGGGGCAGCGGGUAUUGUAGACCCUUGUGAAACUGGAAACUUGAGGGUACAAACCCUGCUCACUUUAGAACAACAAGACGUGUUGUGCACCACUGCCCAACAUUUAGUCAGAAUAAUGGCACACGGUGGUUUUCUUUCUAUACUCAAUGGAAACGAUAAUAUUUUAAAACUGAAAGCAGUGGGAGGUAUUACAUUAGGAGAGUUACAGAAAGCAUACGAAAAACAACAAGAAAUGGUGGAAGACGAUUCUGCAGCUGUCGAAUGUGAAGAAGUCGCUAUGGAAAGUGCUUGAAGUGCUGCAAUUUAAUAAGCUUCAGUUGUUCAAGCCACGUCCAUUAUGUUGUCACUAAGAUAAGCUGCAUUUUUUUAAACAAAAACUGGUAUUGCCUGGACUUCUUUAAGGUCACAUAAUGACGUUCGAGUGAACAUUGAGCACGACAAGUAGUUUUUAUACAAUUAUUGUGUAUCGAAUACGGAUCAGUUCUAAAAUAAAGGACGCUCUUGUUUCAAGUCGAUCUACUUGAAUAGAUAGAGGAUGGAAUGUUACAUUGAUGCAAAUUUCUCGUGUCCACACAAGAGCUAAAGAUAAAAUUGAGACAUCUUGACAUCAGAUUAAUACGACUA